AUGUUCUCAUUGUUGUUUUUUGUGCCAACGGGUGAAAUUCGCCUCGAAGCACCAAAAGUUAACCUAGGUGUACCUAUGACGGAGGCUGCUACCAAAAGAGAUAAACAUUUUGUUGAAUUGCAAAAUGCAAUAGGCUCUGCUAUCGCAGUGCAGGCGGCAGCAAUCUCCAUGAUGCUAGAAUCAUCUCCAAGAGAGGAUAUUGACCAAGAGUCAUUUUGUGAAUUAUUGUCGCAUGCAGGACAAUUGUUGACUGAUACUUUUUAUCAGUUGUCAGUAACUAGAAAGUCUUUUAUCACUCCUUUGAUGGAUAAAGUCUAUAAAUCAUCUUUAGACGAAGCGAAAGCGGAUGAGUGGCUGUAUGGUAAAAAAUUCACUGAGCAGGUAAAGGAGGUAAAACUCCUAGAAAAAACUAGUUCUGGCUUAAAGCCUGCAGUUAAAAAAGCAAAUCCUCCGAAGAGUUCGGGAAAUGGGAAGUACCCACCUGCGAAGCCCAAGCAGGUGGGUACAACCCAGUGGAAAAAACCAACCUUCAGGUUCACCAGAAAAACGAAUUACUCACAGAACCAGAGCACGGGCAGGACAUCCAGCCGGUCUUCGAACCCGGCAACGUCCAAGAAAUAA